AUGUCUACUGAUUUUUACAUACGUUAUUACGUGGGCCACAAAGGCAAGUUUGGUCAUGAGUUUUUGGAAUUUGAAUUUCGACCUGAUGGUAAACUCAGAUAUGCCAAUAAUUCUAAUUAUAAGAACGAUACCAUGAUUCGGAAAGAAGCGUAUGUGCAUCCUUGUGUCAUGGAGGAAUUGAAACGUAUAAUAGUGGAUUCCGAAAUAAUGCAUGAAGAUGAUCGACUAUGGCCACAACCAGACCGUGUCGGCAGACAGGAACUAGAGAUUGUGAUUGGAGAAGAACAUAUUUCAUUCACAACAUCUAAAACAGGAUCUUUGGUGGAUGUUAACCAAUCUCGAGAUCCUGAAGGUCUCAGAUGCUUUUACUAUUUGGUCCAGGAUCUAAAGUGUCUCGUAUUUUCUUUAAUUGGUCUACACUUCAAGAUCAAACCUAUAUAGAGAUGUAUUUUUAUAUUAAGUUGAAUUAAAUAAUAUUUGUACUCAA